AUUCCAAGUGUGGGAUACGGCUCUCCAGACCCGCUCCAAGGACAAAGCCCCGGCACCAGCACCAUGGUGUGGGCAGCCCCAGCCCUGGCACCUGCCACUCUCGGCCUCCGUGUCUCCUCAGACCUGGUGAAAGCCGCAGCGGCUGCCCUGAUCAUUGGAGCCGUCCUGGCCAACGCUGAGCAUCCCCACUUCCCAUCCUCGCUCCCGGUGGAAUUCCCGUGCACCCCGACCAGAGACGCGCCCGCUGCCGACAUCCUCGCGUUCGCCCGGGGAUUGCAAAGCGAACCAGGGGAGCUGAGCAGCGCCCAGCUCUCCUGCCUGGCCCGGCUCCUCGCUGCCAAGAAACUGACGGCCGAUUUCGGCAGCUUCCCACCGGACCUGCUGCUCUUCUUCCACCCGUCCGAGGUGCGCGCUGGCACCUGCAGGGAAUUUUACGCGCGAGCAUCCCGCGGGAACCUGGAUCUGCUGCCCCGGGGCUCAUCCCGGAGGAGGCGGCUGCUCCGCGGGGCACUGACCUGCCUGGGAGUGCGGGGCAGCCGCCUGGAGCCGCAGCAGCUCGGCAGCCUCGGGGCGCUGGUGUGUGACCUGGAGCCGGCCACCAUCCCGGCCUCGGGUCCCGCCAUCCUGGACAACCUGAAGCUCUGCCCGGCGCUGACAGGGGCAAAGCAGGACGCCCUCAAUGCCCUGCUCCUCACGGGGGACACAGCGUACGGGGAUCCUUCAAGCUGGAAUUUACGGACUCUGCAAGAUUUGGGGCCGCUCGUGCUGGCGUUGAACCAGACCACGCUGAGUUUGGUGGCCGAGGCAGCGCGGGAGGAUUUCAGGAGGAGCAUCGUGGCCGCCUACAGCAGCCAGGGACAUUCCCAGCGGGAGAAAUCCCUGAUCCUCCUCAGGGCCUUUGCAGCAGCAUCAGCUGCCUCGCACCCCAGGCUGAAGCGGAGUGUGGACGUGGACUCCUGCCUGUCUGAGCCCAUCACUGUUGACUGCAUCCCCUUCCUCACCCCUGAGGAGCUCAACCUGCACCUGAGUGGUGAUUUCUUAAUAAAAAACCUGGAGGCUGUGCUGGAACUGCCACUCAUCACAGAGUCUUUCAAGAUCCUGAAAAAAAAGGUGGACCAGUUUUUCCCGUCGGGGAUCCCGGAGGAGCAGCUGAAGCGCCUGGGGCUUCUGUCCCGCCUGUACACGGAGCAGGAGAUCAGCCAGUGGACACUGAGAUGCAGUGACACCCUCGCAGCCCUGCUCAACCCCUCGGAAGGAUGGUGGACGGAUUCCCAGCUGCAGCAGCUGCUCAGCAGGUUCCUGGCCCUGGGGGGCUCCCUGACCGGGCCCCUGCUCCAGCAAAUCGGAGGUGAACACCUGUGCAAGCUGCAGGAGGAACAGAUCCAGCAGAUCCCCGCUGAAGCCAUCCGGACCGCUGGGUCGUUAAACAUUUCUCUGUGCUCUCAAACCAAGAAGGAGCAGUUCUACAGAAAGGCCCGGGAGGCCUUUGCUGGCCUGGCCAGCACCCCCACGCCCUACUACUGCAAGAUUCAGCCAUACCUGGGUGGAGCUCCAGCAGAAGAUCUGAAGAACUUGGCUAAUGCUGGUGUGGCCAUAAACAUGGAACUGGCCACCUUCCUCACCCUAAAUCCCAAGGAACUGCAGAAACUCAGCGUCACCGACGUGAAAAAUUUGCUCGGGAAAAAUCUCCCUGAGCUGAAGGAAGCUGAGAACAAACCCUUGGUGGUGAGCUGGGUGAAGACACAAUCCCAGCGGGAGCUGGACUGCGUGCUGGGCAUCGGCCUGCAGGGAGGGCUGCAGGAGCCCACGGGAACUGCCAGCCCUGCUUGCCCCACCACCCCGGCCAGCAUCACCUCCACGGCCACUGUCGCCACCUCUCCUCACCCCAGCACCUCAGCCAGUGUCACUGUCCCCACCCCCACUGCCAUCACCAGCCACUCGGCCCCUCAGCCAAGCACAGUCCCCCCCAGGACCCCCACCCCGAGCACUCUGAGCCCACCCCCCCCAGACACCCCCACAUACACUGGGGGUCCCACUGUCCCCACUGCCACCCCCACUGCCCGUCCCGCUCUGACCACCAGGGCCCCCUGCUCCACCCACCAGGGUCCCACCCCAGACAGAGCCACUGCCCCUGCUGUCACCCUCCUCACCACUCUCCUGGCCCCCAGCAGCCCCAGCGCCGCCCCAGUCCCUGCUGUCACCUCCAGGGCCACCACCAGCGCUGGUGUUGGCAUUAACCCGGCUGGCACCACCCACAGCACCAUCACCCCUGUCCCCAACCCCUCCUCUGCUCCCACUGCCACCCACAGCACUGUCACCCCUGUCCCCAACCCCUCCUCUGCUCCCACUGCCACCACAGCCCCACACACGAGCCCCUCUCCCCACAAGCCCACCCCCAUUCCCAGUUCCACCACCUCCACCCAAACAAGCCUCAGCUCCUCCACGGCCAAGCCCACCACCCCGCCAUGCCAGACCAGCUCCCCUCCGGAAUUUCCCAGCCCUUCUUCCACCACCAAACCAACACCUGGAGGUGUUCCGGAGUCACCACAACCAACAUCCAAUGGACACAUCAACCUGCAGCCUGAGCCUGGAUCAGGAUCCAGGCUCUCCUCCUGCCUUGUGCCUGUGCUGGCAGCCACCAUUGGGAACAUUCUGCUGCAGGGACUGCUCUGA